UCCACGUGAAGACAUGGGGGAGUUUAAGGUUCACCUAGUGCGGUUCUUUGACUAUGUCCCAUCUGGAGUACGGUGCUUAGCCUUUUCUCCACAGACAGACAGACUUGCUGUUGCUCGAAAUGAUGGCUCAGUUGAGGUGUUCAACUUUUCAGCCAACUACUAUCAGGAAAAGGUAAUACCUGGAGAUGAGAAUAGAUCAACAGAGUCUAUUUGCUGGGCAGCUGGGGAUCGUCUGUUUACAGCUGGUCUUAAUGGUGAGAUCAUAGAAUAUGACUUGGAGAAGUUACGCGUCAAAUACACCUUGGAUGCUUUUGGUGGCCCCAUCUGGUGUAUUGCAGCUAAUGCUAAUGGCUCUCAGAUUGCAGUGAGUUGUGAAGAUGGCUCUGUGAAGUUAUUUACUGUAACCCCUGGGCGAAUAGAGUUUGAAAAGAAUUUGGAUCGACAGAAAGGUCGCAUUCUCAGCCUCUCUUGGCAUCCCUCCGGUUCUCACAUUGUAACUGGAUCUGUAAAUGUUAUUCGUGUUUUCAGUGUUUCAUCUGGUCAUCUUCUGCAAGUCAUAAGGCUUAAUCGGAAAUCAGCAGCUGCAAAGAAGAGCGACUGUGUUGUGUGGGGUAUUGCUGUGCUGUCAAGUGGAGAAAUUGUCAGUGUGGAUUCAUCUGGGAAACUACAAUUCUGGGAUCUAGAAAAGGGGACACUCAUCCGAACACUCUCUGUCACAAACGGUGACCUUCUUUCCCUUGCUGUAUCCCAGACAGAGGACAGCAUGGUAGUGGGCACUGCUAAUGGCCUCAUCUACCAGUUUCAGCUUUUGUCAGAUCGUGAGGGUGAGAAGCAGAAGAACUGGGUGCUCACUAAACCAUUCCGGCAUCACACUCAUGACGUUAGAUCUGUGGCCCACAGUAGCACUGCACUUAUAUCUGGCGGUGUUGAUGGCCAUGUGGUAGCACGCCCAUUAAUGGAAAAAGUCCAGACAAAAUCUUAUGAAGCUGCUCUGCGUAAAAUCACAUAUCCACACCGUCACCUGGUAUCCUGCGCACAAGCGGCUCGCAUGCUUCUAUUCCAGUUUCCUGAACACCUGGAGCUAUGGCGAUUGGGGAGCAGUGAAGAGUCAGGUAGUGACGGUGACAUCCUCACAGUGACAAAAAAACAGGAGUUCCUUUUGCAGCUAAAGAGAAAGGGCUCAGAGAUUAUCCGUUGCAGUUGUGUGUCUCGUUGUGGAUCCUGGAUUUCUUACGCCACUGCUUCCCGUCUUUAUCUUCACCGCCUGCACUAUGAAAAUGACAGUCUAAGCAUUAAAAGGGUUCCGAAGCUUCCACAGAUUCCAUCUCCAGCCCUGCAGCUCCUGUUUUCUCCAGAUUCAAUGAGGCUAUAUGUGGGCUCAGAAGCAGGCUCUGUGCAUGUUUUGGAGUUAUCAGAGGGCAUCUGCCAGUACAGCCACACCCUGCAGCCACCGUCAGGUUCAACACAGGCCAUACAUCUCAUGGCUGCCAGUGUCAACGGGAGCUUUUUAGCAGCAGCUUCUCCUGAUUCUCAAAUUGAUGUAUAUAAUGUGAAAGACCUAAAGCAUGAGUGCUCUGUACCUCGGUAUAAUUCUCCACCCACUGCAAUCAGCAUUCAUCCAUCUACAAACAACCUGGUAAUGGCUUAUGCAGACCAGCAGUUGCUGGAAUUCAGUGUUGCUCAUAGGCAGUACACAGAAUGGAGCCGAAGGGUGCUCCGUCAGGGUUUUCAUUGUGAUUGGCUGGAACGAGACACCCCUAUUACAGGAAUAUCUUUUAACCCUGUAAAACCUGAGAGCAUCCUGGUGCAAGACACCUACAUGUUUUGUGUUGUAGAUAAAUCUUUGCCAUUUCCAGAUGAUAAGACGCCGCUGUUUAACCAGAAGGCACUAAAGCAGCUAUCCAAAAGUGCAAGGAAAAGCCAGGAGCAUGCUUUCAAGAUCACCAAAAAGUACCAGCCUUUACUAUUCAUGGAUGUUCUUGAUGAUGGAGAACUUGUCUUAGUGGAGCGGCCUCUGACUGAUAUCGUGGCUCAGCUGCCACCUCCCAUGAAACAGAAGAAAUUUGGAACAUAAAUACCCUUUGAAGCACCUCUCACCCCUAAUAAAACUGUUCAGAUUCCCUACUCUUUUAUAUUUAUGCUAGUGCUGCAGGAUCUUGACUGUAGUUUUUUUUGGAAAGAGUUUGUUUAUACCCUAGUGCCUUGAUCUGCAUUCGGAAAGGAAUUUGGAUUACAUCCAUGUCUUGCAUGAUGGGGUGUGCAGUGAUUUGCAUCAUCCUGGUGAUUCAGCAAUAUGUCCAGCAGAGGGAGGGUUAAUAGGUUUUUUUCUGUUCAUUUACUUUGUGAAAUUGUGAAUUCAGCCCGGUCUUCCUACCCAAAAUGAUUUGCUUAAUAUGAAAUAAGGCAGAAGACCUUAAAAGGAAAAUGGAACCAAAGUAGCCGUCUAAGGUGUAGCUAAGUGGGUUAAACGGGCACAUUUUGGCGCUUUUGGCUUCUAUCUACUGGAUUCCAUCAAGGAUAUAUUCAUGCUGGCUCCUACUUAAGUGAACUGGAGUAGAAGUGAACUUUCAAACACUGGCUCACGUUGAAUACAUCUGUCUGUAAUGUAAUUAAUGGGUAUUUGAAGCCUGUAAAGGAACAUUGGCCCUUCAUUUUUCACAUGCUUUUGUACUGUAUUAGUAUAAUUCUCCUUCACCACAUGAGCGUCUUAUUUUGAGUGUAUUGUGAAAUAGUCAAUUGCAAGUGUUUUCCAGCCUUAUAGAGUUGAAUAGGAGCAUAUUUCCAUAGCUCUCUGUUAUGUCUAAGGGGAUUCUCCGUGUGACAGGCUUUGCCCAACAUUGGUGGCCUUAAUAACGAGUAAACAUUGAAUCGAGUGUGCAACAUAGUCCUGGAGAAUCCCCUUAAACAUAAUGAAGAGUUACGGAAGCACACUUUUGUUCAAGUCUAUGGGGUAGGCUAUACGUCAUCUGAUUGGCAAAUGCUCAAUGUAAAAAACAAUGUUCAAAACCAGGGCACAGCUGCAAAAUUAAAGGGACAUUCCAGUUAAAAUUUAAAAGCAUAUAGAUGAAUUACAUCUUUGAAUAGAAACAUAAUUGCAAUAUAGAUGUAUUAACAAAAAUUAUUCUAGAAAAGUUUAUCACUGUUUUAGUGUUAGCAUUUUUCUCUGCACGUGCAUGUGAGGCAUAACUAGAUAUUCUCAGUGCACCAGCAUUUUAAAUUCUGCAGCUGCUCAGAGCAUCAUUGGGGCUUGUAUCAUGCAAUUAACAAACUGAGUCACAACCAGAUGGUAAAAGCACCUUAGGCUCUCUGAGCAAGUGCUGUGUGUAAAAUGCUGGUGCACGGUGCAUACUUAAAUACACUAUUGAAACCGCUAUAGCUUUUAUAAGAAGCAUUUUUGCUAAUGCAUGUAUAUUACAUAAAUGCUUCUAUUCAAAACUGAAAUACAUCCAUGUGGAUUCCAAUAGUGGCUGGAAUGUCCCUUUAAGUUAUGUUUUAAGUGUAAUUAAUUUUCUAUCUGGCAUUUGAAGGAAUAUGCCUUAUACAUAUAAAAAGUUUGUUAUUAAACGUGACAUACAGUUGUGAAGUCUAGAACACUUUUUUUUUACUGGCAGUGUGCAACUUUAUCUCAUAUUAUUUUUUUAAAAAAGUUUUUGUUUGUUUUUCCAGCCAGCCACAUCAAAUAUCUGCACGUUGAUGCUGCAGUAUAUUAUUUAUAUAUUUUUUUCCUUUUCAUAAUUAGAGAAUAUUAUUUAAUAAUCCUAUAGUUUGGUUUUGCAGACUAAUUGGUUGGAAUUGGAAAAAACAUCAGAUUUGAAGGGACAUUAAACUGCUUUGCACAGCUACUA